AUGACUCUGUCGAAUACUCAUGGUCAUACAGCACAUAACGUGCAACUGUCAAAAUCUGAGAACGGAAACAUAAGUUCUUUAAUACCAGUAACUGAUUAUCUAAACCGAGCUGAAGUUGAUCACACAGUAGGUAAUUCAAAGAGCUCGUUAAGUUACAUUUUAUCGUCACCUUCUGAUACCAAAAGAAUGAGAGAUACGAUUCCAGAGUCAGAACAUGACUCGGAUUUACAUGUGCAUGCUUUUGUGCUUCGAAAUAUACUGAAUAGUCCACCAGUGGAUGAAAAUAAAAUAAAACUAGAGGAUAUUAGGCAGUACCAUGGUGAUAGCCUUGUAACCACCGACCUCAAAAGGAGCGGUUGUGAACCAGUCACCCCGCAAAAAGAGAAGUGUUUAUCAUCUAUACUAGAAGCAAAGGAAAACUAUAAUGGACCGUCUUCUAAUACUCUACCAUCAUCGUCAACAACGAAUGAUUACCCGAAACGAAGUGACAAAACUAAGGAUAAUACCAUAAAUCAGCAUAUACCGUCAGUGGCCUCUUUGUUGCGACAGACCUUGGGUACGUCUAAAACGUCAGAUUUAUCUCCGUCCAAUUACGCACCAGUUAACAAUAGAAUGACAAAGAAUAAUGCAGUAGAUGAUGUAAAACAUUCUAUUAAUAACUUAUCAUUGCCAAAUAUAUAUGAAGUUGUCAAUGGAAAUUCAGGAAUAACAAUUGGCACAUCUACCAGUAAUAUUUUGGCACAGCAGCAUAAGAAUAUUGGUAAGAAUGGAUCAAUAUAUGGUCCAUCACAACCACCUGCACCAUUACCGCCUCCUGUACCCUUUAUCAUUGGCACAAAUUAUAAUCCUUAUGGAAUAUACUCAAACUCAAAAGUAAAUCCAAAUCCAUCACAAUUGCCAUAUUCAAUUAUGGCCCCAUCCAGGUACGAACCAUAUAACAACAGACUUGGUGUAUGCCAGGCCGCCGAUUUUGCACGACCGCCUCUACCUACUACGUUUUCACCAUCUUCUCUACCUUCUCAACUGAAUUGUCAAUUUAUACCACAAGCAUCUAUUUCGUCUAUAAUACCAUAUUCAUCUUCAUUGGUUCAUGAUACCAAUGGAAUGUUCUAUGGUAAUAGCAAUGACGGCGUGAAUCACCAUAAAAACAUCAGUGAUAAUGCCCAUAGUGGAAUUAAUGGUAACGUUCAUAGUAGUGGUAAUGGCAAUGGCAAUGGCAAUGGUAAUAUUCAUGGUAAUUGUAAUAUCUAUGGCAACCUCCAUAUUCAUAUAAAUACUUCUCCUUCUCCACGAUAUCAAUUGAAUGAAGGACUUUAUAGCAAAGAAAACAUCCCUGUUAAAGGGAAAAUGGCAACCAAUUCUGUUGACAUGAAACCAAUAAAACUGGAGCAACCUAUGAUAGAGAUUAGAGCAAACAAUGAUGAUGAUGUGGGGGAGGAAAAGUCUGGACGCGUAAGGAGAAGAAAGUCUAGACAAUGUCAUAUCUGUGGUAAGAGCGUUACACGUACUAGUACGCUACAGACACAUAUGCUGGUUCAUACUGGUGAUAGACCAUUUGAAUGCGUAUGGUCUGGUUGCCAUAAGAGAUUCAAUGUUAAAAGUAAUAUGAAUCGUCAUUAUAAAUUGCAUUUAAAAAAGCAACUGGCGAAUGAAGUGUUAGCGGAUACUACUCAAAAAAAGGAAUUGGGAUCACUACAUGAUGAUAUUGAUGUUGCAGACGAGUACCAUGCGAAAAAUGAAAAUGAUUAG